AUGGAGGAAAAAAAGGCUUACAAGUGUGACAUAUGUAAUGAAUAUUUUACAAAGCUUAGCAAAUUGAAGAAACAUCUUAGAAAUCACAAUGAAAAAAAGCCUAAUGAGUGUGACACAAAGAUUGACCAAUCAAAAAAAUACCCUAGAAAUCGUUUAGAAGAAAAGCCUUACAAGUGUGACAUAUGUGGAUUAAAGCCUUAUACUUGUGACACAUGUGGUAAAUGUUUUUUGCAGUUUUCAUGUUUACAGAGACACCUUCUAAUUCAUUCAGGAGAAAAGCCUCACAGGUGUGACACAUGUGGUAAAAGCUUCUUACAGUUGUCAAAUUUAAAGCAUCACCAUAGACAUCAUACUGGAGAAAAACCUUACAAAUGUGGCACAUGUGAUUCAUCAAACUUUCUUAGACACAUCAGAGUUCAUAAUGGAAUUAAACCAUACAAGUGUGACACGUGUGAUGAUAAGCCUUACAAAUGUGACAACUGUGAUAAAAGUUUUUCACAGCUUACUUACUUGAAAAUGCACCUGAGAAAUCAAAAUUUGGAAAAGCCUUACAAAUGUGACAAAUGUGAUAAAUGGUUAUCUACAAUUCUUUCUUUGAACAACCAUCUUAGAAUUCACACAGGUGAAUUACCAUACAAUUGUGACAAAUGUGGUAAAUCUUUUGCAAAAAAGAGCACUCUACUGACCCACUUAAGAAUUCAUUCUAAGCCUCAUAAGUGUGACAAAUGUGGCAAAUGCUUCAUGGAGCUAUCAAAGUUUCAGAAACACUGUGGAAUUCAUACAUGUGAAAAGCCUUUCAAGUGUGAUAAAUGUGGUAAAUGUUUUACACUCCUGACCAAUUUACAGAACCACUGUAAAAUUCAUUUAGCACAAAAGUAUUACUAUUGUAACAAAUGUGAUAAACAAUUCACAAGAAGUACAUCUUUGCAGAAACACCAUAGAAUUCAUACUGGUGAAAAGCCCUACAUGUGUGAUAAGUGUGGAAAAUGUUUUGCAUUCUUCUCCAUUUUACAGACACACAAUAGAAUUCAUACAGGAGAAAAACCUUUCAAGUGUAUCACUUGUGGGAAAUGUUUUAUGUCUUUCUCUGAUUUAAAGAGACACAAUGUAAUUCACACAGGAGAAAAGCCUUACAAGUGUAGUACAUGUGGGAAAUGUUUCACACGACUUGCAAGGUUAAGUAAUCAUUAUAGAAUUCAUACAGGAGAAAAGCCUUACAAGUGUGAUAUAUGUGGUCAGUGCUUCACACAUAUCUCAAAUUUAAAAAUUCACCAUAGACAUCAUACUGGAGAAAAACCUUACAAGUGCAGCACAUGUGGUAAAGUUUUCACAGAAUCUAACAGUUUAAUGAGACACCAUAGAGUUCAUACAGGAGAAAAACCUUUCAACUGUGACAAAUGUGGUAGAUGUUUCUCUUGGGCUUACAGUUUACGGAGACACCAUAAAAUUCAUACUAGUGAAAAACCUUACAAGUGUAGCACAUGUGGUAAAGUUUUCACAGAAUCUAAAAAUUUACUGAGACACCAUAGAGUUCAUACAGGUGAAAAACCUUUCAAGUGUGACAAAUGUGGUAGAUGUUUCUCUCGGGCUUACAAUUUACUGAGACACCAUAAAAUUCAUACUAGUUAA